UCGAGUGCCCCCAGCUGGGCUCACCCGCAGCGAGGUAGCGCUUCUCGACUCCGGUCCUGACUUCGAGCGCCCCGAGGGCUUCGGUGAUAAAGUUCCUCUGUUCUAGGAAGUGCUCGAAGCGCUGCCGAAGACCGUCCAUGGUACAGAUUGCCCCGCGGCUGGGAGCUCCAACUCCCCGGCUGCCCAGCAAACCGGCCCCUACGAGAGCGCACCGCCUUAGCUCCACGCGGACUACUCUGCUCCGCCCCUUGGGUAUCUUCCCUGACGGGGAGUAUUUCCACCUACGGCACCGGGGUGUGCCCCAGAAGUCCCUUAGCCCACAUUGGGGCCACCACCUACGUCUGAAAAAAGACCCCAAGGUGCAGUGGUUCCAGCAGCAGACAAUACUGCGAAGGGUAAAGCGCUCUUUGGGGGUGCCCACAGAUCCCUGGUUCUCCAAGCAGUGGUACAUGAACAAUGAGAUACAGCCAGACCUCAACAUUCUGCCUGUCUGGAACCAGGGAUUGACGGGCCGGGGCAUUGUGGUCUCCAUCCUGGAUGAUGGCAUCGAGAAAGACCACCCAGACCUCUGGGCCAAUUACGACCCUUUGGCCAGCUAUGACUUUAAUGAUUAUGACCCAGAUCCCCAGCCUCGCUACACAUCCAGUGAUGAGAACCGGCAUGGGACCCGCUGUGCAGGGGAGGUGGCUGCCACAGCUAGCAAUGGCUUCUGCGGGGCUGGUGUGGCCUUCAAUGCCCGAAUCGGAGGUGUGCGCAUGCUGGAUGGCACCAUCACUGACGUCGUGGAGGCACAAUCCCUAAGCCUGCGGCCGCAACAUGUCCACAUCUACAGUGCCAGCUGGGGGCCCGAGGAUGAUGGCCGCACAGUGGAUGGCCCGGGCGUCCUCACCCUGGAGGCCUUCAGGCGCGGUGUGACCAAGGGCCGCGGUGGACUUGGAACACUCUUCAUCUGGGCCUCCGGCAACGGUGGCCUCCAUUAUGACAACUGUAAUUGCGAUGGGUACACCAACAGUAUCCACACGCUGUCGGUGGGCAGUACCACACGGCAUGGCCAAGUUCCCUGGUACAGCGAGGCCUGCGCCUCCACACUCACCACCACCUUCAGCAGCGGCGUGGCCACUGACCCCCAGAUCGUCACCACAGACCUGCACCACCAGUGCUCCGACAAGCACACGGGCACCUCUGCCUCGGCCCCGCUAGCUGCCGGCAUGAUCGCCCUGGCUCUAGAGGCCAACCCGCGGCUCUCCUGGAGGGACACGCAGCACCUGGUGAUCCGUGCGUCCAGCCCCGCGCAGCUGCAGGCGGAGGACUGGAGGACCAACGGCGUGGGGCGCCCAGUGAGCCACCACUACGGCUACGGACUGCUGGACGCGGGGCUGCUGGUGGAGUUGGCGCGCACGUGGCAGCCCACACGGCCACAGAAGAAAUGUACCAUUGAAGUGGUGCACACCCCUACCCCCAUCCUGCCACUGCUGCGAGUCACCAAGAAUGUGUCUGCAUGCGCGGGCCGCUGGCAUCGCCACAUCCGCUCACUGGAGCACGUGCAGGUCCGGCUGUCGCUGACCUACAGCCGCCGCGGGGACCUGGAGAUCUCGCUCACCAGCCCCAUGGGCACCCGCUCCACACUCGUGGCCAUUAGACCCCUGGAUGUCAGUGGCCAAGGUUACAACAACUGGGUCUUCAUGUCCACCCACUACUGGGAUGAGGACCCGCAGGGCCUGUGGACCCUGACCCUGGAGAACAAGGGCUACUAUUUCAACACGGGGACACUGUACCGUUACACACUGAUACUUUAUGGAACGACUGAGGACAUGACUGCGAGGCCUUCAGGCCCCCAGAAUGUCACCAGUCCAUAAAUGUCCUGGACCCGUUCUGCCCUACCUCCUGCCCACCAUGGUUCUUCAGCCACAGGCAGACGACAGUGAGGCAGGCACAGUCACAAAACCUGCCCAUAUAGCUGGGCGAACACUUGUCCCACACACCACCCCCAGCUACUGCUAUGGCCACAGCUGCCAGUCUCAGUCAUGGUGCUGGCUCGACCCUUGGCCUCAUGUCAGAGGGCUGCCCACCAUAGGCUAGCACCCCAGUGACAGAAGUCAUUGUGUGUUCAUCACUGCAUCGCCAGCCCAGGCUACUGCCUGGGCCACGUGGGGCUCAGCAACUCUGAGAGAAAGAAGAAUCUCCUUACAUGUUUUCUUUUAUGAGCGGGGCUAGGGGUGAGCUAGGCAGAUGCCAGACCCUGGCCACUGAUUGCUGAC